GACCACUUGCGUCACGUGCCGGUCGUAAUUACGUCAUUGUCUGGUGCGCGCCUCACGCCGGCUUCACCACUGCAAGUGUGAACUAAGUUUACAUGUCACACAAACCACAGAUUGCUUCAGGCUGUGCUUACAGGGUCUAACGUCCUCCUCUAGCUUUGCAGAAAGCAGAAGUUCAUCUGCAGUUUCAUAAUGUUGCACAGUUUUUCCAGGUGUUUGUCUAACUUCACUGUGAUAGAUGGAUUGGUUAAAUGAGAGAGAGGUUAUGGGUGAGGUGUGUCUCAGGCGGUGUAGGUGGAUACCUCAACAGGACCUGCAAAGGAACAAGCAGGUGGGGAUAAUGGAUGGGUGGAAAGAGGCUUAACUCUGUUACGUUGAUGUGCUGUUAAUGCAUGAGAGCGGCACAAAGACAAACUGCUGUAAUAUGUGUUAUUCCUCCAUCAGCUGUAGUGACCAAAACGCAUCACUGCCCGACAUUAUGAAUCCACAUUUAAUGUAUUCAGCCUCAUAGUUCUGCUUUGGAGCUUGUCUCCUGCAUCACUUUCUCAUUUCAAUAACCGAUCCAUUUAGUUUCACUGCAUCUGAAGGAACGUUAGCUGGCACGUUAGCUAGCACGUUAGCUAGAACGUUAGCUAGCAUAAAUGGUGCUCUGUUGGAAAUACUAUGUCUUAUUUAUGUGAACUCUUGAGCACAUUUGGUUAUUAAAUGACUUGAUUGAGUCAGAUACAGCAGUAUGGAGGCAUCAGCACUCAUGUUUCUCUGGUCGUAUUCUCAGGUUUUUCUAUCCAGAGACCAAUCUCUCCUUUAAAAUCUCUCAAUGCAAUCAAUAAUUCCCAUGUACUGGAAAUAUUAUAACAAAAAUGCUAUUUACACAAAUUCUAUGAACUAGACCUGGCUAUUCCAACAAGUAUACUUUUCUCUAAUAAUCGAUUAAUCAUCAGAAAACAGUAAAAAAAAAUUAAUUUCCCAGAGCCGCUUGUUUUGUCUGACCAACAGUCCAUAACUCAUUCACAUAUGAAUGUAAAACCGAAUGCUCACAUGAGAAGCUGAUGACGAGAAGUCGUCUACAUUGAUGAUAACAAGCACACACCAGCUCACAUGUCCCAGGAAGUCUGAAUAGAUUAGAACUCUAGUGACUGAAAUCAGAGUUUAAUUAUCAAAAUUCUUGCCAAUUAAUUGAGUGUGGAUUGAUUGUAUUAAUAAACUAAUGGUUUCUGCUCUAGUUGUAUCUGUGUUAACCAUGAACAACAUGUGAUUCCCUUGAUCUGUGUGAUGUGGUUGAAUAUGAAUAUAAAGCUGAAUCUCUUUCGCUCCGCGUGCGGGCCUCUCUUCAGGCCCACCAGCAGUGCAGGAAGGCAGACCGUCUGCUCGUGGCGGGGAAGUAUGAAGAGGCCAUCUCCUGCCACGGAGCAGCUGCAGAUCUGUUGACCGAUGCAAUGAAGACAACAGAGUGUGAGCAGGCUCGUCUCUCCAUGGAGCUGCAGAGGGACAGUCAUAUCAAACAGCAGCGGCUGAUCCAAGAGCGCUGGAAGAGAGAGGCUCGACGCGAGGCCACAAAGGCCCGACCUGGCCAGGUGCAGCACUCCAGCAGCCCGGCCAGCCUCACCCAAACCCAGCCCACGGGCCAGCUCCAGCCCCACGGUUCCCCAGGCCUCCCAGCGGCCAAGGGUGCCGGAACCAGGGAGAGAGAGUACGACACCUUGCUCUAUCAGCUGCAGACUCGGCAGACUGGAGGCUGCCAGCCUGUGACUCCACCGUGCCCCGGAUCUAAGACCACCAAAGACGACAAAACUCGCCUGGAAGAACAACAGACCACCAUAAAGGACCUGCGGCGCCUGGUCGACCAGCUGAUGGACGAAAACGAGCGGCUGGCGUCCGAGAACAAGCAGCUGCAAUCGGAAAACGGCCGGCUGCGAGUCGAGGCGGUGGACUUCGUGGAGCGCUCGGAGCUCUGGGUGCUCCCACAAGCAGGCGGCGGCCAGGAGAGGAAGAGCACGGGGAAGGGGAAGGAGAUCGCAAUCCCCCAGCUGCCCCCGCUGGAGAUGCCGGCUCAGGAAGAUCUGGGUCUGGACGACCUGCCUCCUCUGGAGCUGCCAGAGGACAUCCAGAACGAACUGCAGGAGCUACUGGACAGGGAUAAACUGUGAUGAGAGACAUGUCUUACGCACAAACACACACAACCAGUCUUGAGUCUGGAUGCAAAACAUGUUUGACAUCUGAAACCCACAGGCUCCAUCUGAUCAGACCUCUGCUCACGUUCAGGGUGGACAGAGCUGUGAUGGAACUUCCUCUGAUAAGAAUGAAGCUAAUCUCAGUGAUAUGCCGCUAACACAACGCAAUCUAAGAUACGGGAGUCGUUCGCCCACAGCGUCAGUUGGAACAUUGGUGAGAUUGGGAUGGAAGUUUUUUAAUUUUCAUGUUUUUUAAUUUAACAGAAUGCUUUCUUCUUUUUUUUUGUCUGGAAGUAGCAAUUAAACAACUCUGAACAACGUAGGCAGCAUAUUUUCAUUGUUGCGGAGCUAAAUGAAAGUGCUCUUUAUCUAUGAGCCAGUUCUUUACAUGAUACUUAGUGCAGAUGUUAGCUCAGUACAGCAUCCCUCUAAGCUGCUGCUGUACUGAGCAGAAUGCUGUGAGUGUGUCAGCUGAGGGAGGAGCGCUGGAGGCUCAUGAUCAUCUGUUGGGUAUUUCAUUUGGGAAACAUUAAAUAAACAACAAUAUUACAUUG